GACAACAACAAACAAAGAGAAAAAAACAAAACUUCCAGCAAUUUGUCAACUAUUUUCUCUAUUUUUUUUAAAGUGUGAAACUAUCAUAACGAGCGCCGAGUUUUAAGUUAAGUGAAAGGAUUUUUUCGUGUCCUUCGUGCGGUAAAAAUAAUAAUUCAUAUACCCAGGGAAAUAAAGUUAAAGACUCUUAUUAAAUGUAUUUGAUACUCAAAAAGCUGUCGGAAGAUAAAGAAGAAGCAGAAGAGCAGCCAAUUUAAAGACGACUCUUCUCGCUUUAUUUUCGCCUUUUGCAGUUGCAGUUAUUGGCCAAAUCAACUUGAAAUAAAACGCCCAAAUCAUAAGCAACAGAAAGCUAGAACCACCGAACAAUCAACAUCUAAAGCGGCAAAAAAAACUCACCAACUUCGAAGCAACAAAACAAACCACAAUCAGCAACCACUUUUAACAAACAAUUUUGUAAACAAUAUUUGAAACCAAAACCACUUUCAAGAACUUUUAACAAUCAUUUAAGUAAAAACAAAUACGAAAGAUUCAACCAAAAUUUAUACAAAAAAUAAGAACUGAACCAAUUCUCAACACCAAUUCAAGAACUAUUUCAACAAUAACUGUAAACGUGUCGCAACUUAAAGCUCCUCCCGCUAUCCUGCUCUCUCGCGUGUACUCGUCGCCAUCGUCCUUUUCCGUUGUGGUGUAAGAAUUUUGGGGUUUUUUCUCCAAAAUAUAUAUAUUUAUUGUUUUACGCGUUCGUCCUUGUCCCGUGCGUGAGUGCUCGUGUGCGUCUGUGUGUGUGUGUGUGUGCGAGAAGAGGAGUGCGGUAGUUUGUGUAUGCUAUGUCAGGGAUCGGGGGCAUUAGGGCGCUCCUCCAGGCGGCUCAAUUUCUCGAGCAGCAUGAGAAGCUCCCGCAGGCGGGAGGCGGCGGCGGUAGCGCCCUGGGCGUGGGCGUGGCACUGCCCCAACAGCAGCAGCAGUCGGUGCACUGCAAGAGCCACUCCAUUAUCAACAACAACAAUAGCAGCCAGCACAAUAGAAAUAGCAGCAGUAGCAGUAACGGGAUUAUUGCAACGCCACCGUUCACGAACGGAAAUGGCAACGGUACUGUCGGCGUCGGUAACGCGAGCGCCAACUCCAACGUUACCGUCAAUGCGAACGGGAACGGUCUGAGCAACGGUCACAGCAGUCCGCGCAGUCAAUUAGCCGCCGCAGCCGCUGCCCACGAUUACGAGUAUAGCGCCGCCGGAGUUGCCAAUGGACACAGCGAAGGUCGCCCCCACGUCUCGGAGGACGAUAAUUCCUCAAUCGACAACAACAAUACCCAUCCCCCACAACAACAACAACAACAAGAACAACAACAACAGCACAGUGCUGCGGGGAGAACGACAACAACAAGUAUAGCGACAACACCAGCAAUAUUAACAAAGUUGAUGGGAAAUUCAGUCACACCCGCCUCAAGCACCACCUCCCUCCCCACAAGCACCCCCUCAGUUACCACUUCCCCGCCCGCCUCCACAGACUUUAUGCUGCUGGCAGCGGCAGCGACGAGUGCAACGAGUGCAACACCCGCAACAGCGACAUCUGCUGCUGCAUCAGCAGCAUCCAAUCCUGCCAAGCACAAACUGGGCCCCAUCGCCGAAAUACCGCCCAAAUUUCUAGUGGUAUCAGAUGCGAAAGGAGUCUAUCCCGCACCCACGCAUCCCAAUGGCUUCGCCGCCGAUUCCCUGGGCGUGGAUUACAACGAAGCGAUGAUCAAAAAGCUAAUGCAGAAUUUACAAAGGCAACGCCAGCAGCAAUCGCUGCAGCAAUUGCGUAGCUUGCGACCAGCGGAAAUUUCCCUUACACCGCCGCCAGCAGCCACAAGAAAAGUGGACACCAGCAACUCACGGACACGCUCUUACUCAAUGUCCAAUGUUUCAGCAGCCAGGGAUCAGCAGGACCAUGCGCAGCAUCAGCAACAUGCCAACCAUAUGCAGACCCAGCAGCAAUACGGCUAUAUGAGGAGUGCCAUUGGCGGCGUGGUCUAUGGCUUGCACAAGGACUCUGUCGACUCUGCGGCAUCCUCGGCGGGUGGAGCGGUGGGCAUGAGCAUUGCCUCCUCGGCGCCAGCGGCGGGAUCUCAGCUAUCGGCGCAUCAUCACACGGGACACGGAGGCCGCAGGCGCACCACCAGUUCCAAUAGUAAUGGAGCGGGCACCCGGGAGGUGCACAACAAGCUGGAAAAAGAGCGACGCGCCCAGCUAAAGGAGUGCUAUGACCUGCUCAAAAAGGUGCUGCCCAUGGGGGACGAGGACCGAAAGAAAACAUCCAACUUGACAAUACUUGACACGGCCCACAAAUAUGUCAAGGACUUGAUUCAGUAUGGUUGCGAGCAGGAGGCGACGGUAGAGAAACUGGCCAAGCAGAAGAUUGAGCUGCAAAAGCGGCUAAAGCAACUGAGCUUAAGGAGGGAAUCGCCGCCCACCGAUCAGCAAAGCAUUCCACAGGCCGACAAAGCAGUUUGUCUGGCAACAACAGCCACACCAGCACCACCAACGGCGGCCAGUGGUCACAAUGGAACCACAAUUCUAUUCGAUGCAGGCAACGCCUGUGCCACUGGGCAGCAGCUAACAACUGUGAUAAACAAAACUAAUGCCACACCGGGAGGAGCAACCGCAGCAGCCAGCAGCAAACUCAAUGGCAACCACACAGGAGGUGCAACAACCACACUGACUCCGGCCAUGGGCAUCAUGACAAUUAAAAACGGCAAUGGCAGCAACGGCAACAUACUGGCAAUCUCACCAACGGCCAGCCAAAAUCAGCAGUUGCACCAGCACCACAACGGCAGCCCAGCGGGCAGUCCAUCGGGAAUAGGAGCCACAACUGGGGCCACCAUCACACCUGGUUCGCCAACGCCAUCGACUCCAUCGCCGUCGCCCAGCUCCUCGUCCAGUGGCGUCUCGUCGUCGGCCUCGUUUAUAGGCGGCUCCUCGUCAUCGUCCUCAUCAUCCUCAUCCUCCUCCUCAUCAUCAUCUUCCAGUUCGUCGUCCAGUUCUUCGUCGCCCACGCAACAACAGCAGAUUAUCACGCCCACGGCCACAGCCCAUUUAGUGGGUGCCCGUAGUGUUGGCCUAAAAUUCCAUGGCGGUGCGGGCGGAGCUGCCAACGCUUUGAAUGGCGGUGCCACCAUUGUGGCCGCUGCUGUGCCAGCUGGCGGAGGUUCAGUGAAUGGGUUCCAUCAGGCCGAUAAGGAUCGCAAGUACAAUUUCCUGUUGCUCAGUGCUGGGACAACGGCACAGUAACCCAACAACCAUAAGCAGACAACAAACAACUACAACAAUAACGAAAACAACAACAACAACAACUGAAUUGUGUGCAACAGCUCCCACCUUAUGAGAAAGUAACAACUAGAAGAAGGUUCUCUGAAAACUCUUUUUUUAAAGCCAGAUGAAAACAAGCGUAUUUUCCACACUUUCGCACACAUUGAAAAUAUGAAUACAAAAACGGCAGCAAACAACAAAAGCAAGUCAUUAAAGCUGCAAUUUUGUAAAAAAAAAAACAACAAAAAAAAAAAAUAGAUAAAAACAAAAGCUAUCAAACAGUUCCGCCCAACACUUAGCAUCGAUUUUGAAAAUCAACAAAAUGAAGAGAAAAAUUAUUUUUUAAUGAAUAAUUUUAAAGCAACAACAAAAACGCGAGAGAAAACGCUAGCAACACCAACAAUAAACCAACAACAACAAGAGAAGACCAAUUAAGUGAAUAUAAAACAGCAACGACACCGGCACUCAACCACAACACCAACAACAACAGCUUAAAAUUCCUCAACAACCCACAACACACCGGCCCAUCAACUGCAUAUAUACUAUAUAACUAUAUAUCUAAUUAUACUACUUUAUAGUAAAAACCAAGAAAAGAAGAGAAAACACACCAAGAAUAGCACAGUUAAAUGUAAAACAGGAAAAAACAUAACCAAAUGCGCUGUUGAAACAGAAACCACCAAUGGGUAACGCUUUAUAAAUAUAUAUAUCUCUAUAUAUAUAUAUAUAUAUAUAUACCUAAAAAUAAGAAGAAGAAGAUUAUAAAUUAGAAAUAUGUAAAAGCAGGAUUUCCAAAAUUCAUGUGGCAAAGAAAAAAAUGAUAAAACGAAAUCAGAUAGAAGUCUACUUUCUUGACCAAAACUGAAAACACAAACAGAAAUAAUUUCUCUUGGAUAUACUUUCUUCUUCUUUCAAAAGCGAAAAAUUAAACAACAAAAGUACAGAAACAAAGCAUAAAUCAAAUCAAUAGAAAUAGAUCAUCAUAUAGCUUGUAUGUCAAAUAUGUGAAUGUUUGCAAGCCACAUAUUAACCAAUAGCAUGUUAAAUUAAAACAAAAACGCUGGCGACGGAGUGUUGUAUCUGUGUAAUACCCAUUUGAAUUAGAUAUUAAUGUAGCAAUCAAAGAAAACAUCGUAGAACAAGUGUAAUAGUAAUAGUGCAAUAAGCUAACAUAAGCCACACCCACACUAACUUGUUCCCAUUUUACCCAUUUUAUUUUUUAUUUCUAGAAAAACUUUGUUCUUUGAUCUUUUUCUGAAAAGACACGCAUAUAAGACAUUAUCAUAUAAUAUGUUGUGAUUGCGUAAAACCACAGCGUUCUCUUGCAAUUUAAAUUUUUGCCUUAAUGACAUUGAAACGGAAUCAAAGUAACAACAGAACAGCUAAUUCCACGAAAUUAACACACCCACAACCAAGAAAAGCUUAAAAAUAUUUAUAUACAAGGAAUGAUAAAGAAAGAACGAAAAUAGUUUAGAAAUAGACAACACAAUUAUCACGAUAAGGAAAAGAAAUCUAGCAAAAA